AUGAGACGCCCUAUCCGCCUCGCAGUCCUCGAGUGCGACCACCCCCUGCCACAGACUGCAGCAAAGUACGGCGGGCGCUUUGGAGGGGUCUUCAAGGCGCUGCUGGGACAGUCGGCAAAGACGCUGAACAGGCCUGACAUCGUUGAUCCAGAGGCCGGGCUGGACAUCUCAGAGUACGACGUCGUGAAGGGAGAUGAGUUUCCGGCUCUGGAGGACAUCGACGCCGUCCUCAUCUCCGGAUCAAAAUUUGAUUCCUUUGAUACCACGACGCCCUGGAUAAACAGGCUGGUCGAGUUUACCAAGCAGGUUCUAGCCCAGGACCGCGUCAGGCUGAUUGGGGUCUGCUUCGGCCAUCAGAUCAUCGGACGAGCGCUGGGGGCCAAAGUCGGCCGUAGCGCUAACGGCUGGGAGGCCUCGGUGCAAGAACUGACCUUGACGAACCAGGGCAAAGAGGUCUUUGGCGUUGAGAAGCUGAGCAUUAUGGAGAUGCACCGUGAUGUCGUGUAUGAGCUUCCAGCCAACACCGUCGCCCUCGGCCAUACGCCCAAGUGCUCCAUCCAAGGCAUGUACAAUCCCCGCAGAUUCAUCUCCGUCCAGGGCCAUCCCGAGUUUAACAGGGACAUCGUCAUGGAGAUCAUGCAGACCAGAAAGGCUGGGUAUCCGCCAGAGGUCUUUGACGAAGCCAUGAAGGUCAUUGACAAUAAGCAGGACGGCGUCCUCGUUGGUGAAGCCUUCCUGAAGUUCUUGGCUGAGGAGUGA